AUGUCAUCCUCUCAGUUUGCGCCGCAAGAACUGUCCGAGAUGAGAAAUUCUCAGUCUCUGGAGACCAAUCAGCCCAAGUCUCAGCAAUCAAUGGACCCCCAGAAGGCGCCUGAGACUACAGAUCCUCAAAUGGAGCUUCGUGGAGGUGGUGCUUGCGAUGGCAGACUCUGCGGCAUCAUUCCGUGCCCGAUUCCGAUCAAUUGCUGGAUCAUCCCUUGCCCUUGUUAG